AUGCCCCGAGACACCAUUAGGCGGCAAACUAACCAGAAUGAGGAUGGGAUGGAAGAGUCGUACGUGGACCGGUCUCAACAGCCUAACCCGUCGUCGGCCAUCGAGCAACUGAAGGCCGAAAUGAUGGAACUCAAAAGGCUCCGAGAAAAGGACGCCCACGAGCUGUCGCUCUUGAGAAAGGAGAAUGCAGAGCUAAGAAGCGAUAACCGAUCAUGGCAUCCGUCCCACGAUAUCCUCAAUACCCAAUCAACCCGGGAUCAUGGGGAAUCGUCCGGAUGGUACAAGGAAACGAGGGACCCUAGGCCUACAGCAGGAGUGACGACUACUACCCUUGAUCAACAGCGACGACAGGGAAGGACUCCAUUCACCCCGGACAUUGCCGGAGCCCGUCUACCCGACAAUUGGAAGAAUCUGACCCUGGAGAAGUACGACGGAACAGCCGAUCCAGAGGAACACCUUGAUGCGUUCGUUACCCAGGUCAGUUUGUACACCGAGGAUGACGCAAUUAUGUGUAAAGUUUUCCCCACCUCACUGAGGGGGCCGACACUCAAUUGGUUCACGAGGCUUCCCCCCGGAUCAGUAGACUCAUUGACGGCCCUAUCUUCCUGGUUCGUGAUACAAUUUGCCACGAGCCGUCCUCAUCAGCUCACGUCAAUCGCAUUGGUUAACAUCCGCCAAGAAAAGAAGGAACCUCUUAGAACUUUCAUGGAAAGGUUCGAAAAAAUGACAUUAUCCAUUCAUAACUUGGACCCGGCCGUAGCAAUGCAUCACCUGACCACGGCGCUGCGGCCCGGACCCUUCGUCAACAACCUGUGCAAAAAACCACCCCGAGACCUGGAUGACCUGAGGCAGAGAGCCACGAAAUACAUGCAGAUGGAAGAAUUGGCCGAAUUUUGA